AUGAGAGCAACAGCAUUUGUCCUGCUCUCAGCUCUGGCGCUUACAACCAUCUUCACUGACCAGGGAAGCCUCACUUCUGUGCAGCUUAUCACCUUAGCUUUGCUCCAGGAAUUGAGAACAGUUGUUCUCAACUACAAUGUUAAAAUAUAUUUGUCUGUCUACGUGCUGAUUGACUGUAGUAAUUAUAAAAAGUUACCACCAGUAAAAGAGAGAGUUUGUUAUGCUGUAUAUGCACCAAUUCAUGUAUCUGAUGGCAAAACUUACAGCAAUGAUUGCUACUUUUGUUAUGAAGUUAAGAAAGUAUUGAAAUAG